AUGGGUUCUCACCGUUUCACAACCUCGCAGAAAAAAUCUAAGGAGCGUUUUAAGACGUUCAAAGCAAAGCGUAUGAUGACCGUAAAAUUUUUGAAAAGUGGGUAUCGUACGCAAGUGAAAGUCGAUUGUUAUAACAGAGGCCUGGGAACAUGCCUUGCAUUAGAUGCUUCGCAAACCAAGAUACAAGAGCUCCAAAAUGCUCAUCGAAAGACUACUAAUGCACUACAAGAGCUCCAAAAUGCUCACCAAAGGACUAUUAAUGCACUCUGGAAUGCAGAAGAUAGGGUUGAGGAGCUGGAGAACCAUGAAGUAGAAUCAAUUUCUACUCUUCACCGGCAAAUACGCAAAUUACGAUCAGAAAAUCAAGCUCUAAAAAAUCCGAGAAACUUAUUACGCUCCAACUUACCUAAUAAUAAUAAUAAUAAAAAAAAAAAAUCAAAAUAA